UCCAAGGCUGUGUUUAGCAGGGAUUCUCCGCCCAUGUUGACGUCUUGGCCGCGCAAGCCACCCCAAUCCUGUGAGCUUCCAUCUCCAGCUUCGCCCUCCCGAGUCUCUCUUCUUUUCUUUCCAUCCCGUUUCUUGCUUCUUCAGCACGAUUUACAGACAGCCUUGCAUCGACGCCUUUGGCACCACAGCUGACCAGCCAACCAUGGCUGUUCUAUCGAAGAGAUACGUCUGCGACGUCAACGGCUACUGCUACUACACCAGCUGGGACACAUGGGUUCGAUGGGUCGUCCUUGUCGUCGUCAUCGCCCUCUUCCUCCUCGCUUUCUUCUUGUGCUCUUGCAGCAGCGCACGCCGCCGCCGACGACAAGGUCUUCGGCCCUACUACGGCACCGGCUGGUCCGCAAGACCAUGGUACAGACAAGACCCGUACUAUCAGAACUAUCCACCAGCGCCGCCGCAAUACAGCGCGAAUGUUCCCCCCGGACACCAAGCCUAUGGUGGCAUUUACGCACCAGGCAACGGAGGUAUCGAGUUGCAGCAACCUCCUCACUCCUACGCUGCAGGACGUAGCACAGAUCCAGAUGUGUAUGCACCACCUGAGGGCCCACCUCCGCGGAAAGGCUUGAUGAAAUAAAGUUUCAAACGGUUUGCAAGAAAAUUGAUUUUGCUUCACAAAGUGUUCUUUUAACGCGCUCAUGUAUGCAAUUUAUCUGAUUUAUAUGAGUUACGGCUUGCACCUAGCUAAGCGGUCUAAUGAUGGGCAACGGUGUGCUCAGCAGCGUCCGCCCCUUGGCCAUCCACCAAAAUUGUAAUCCCCGACAAGAGACAAUGACUACGUAGAACUAGGCAAUGACAAUCCAGCCUUUCUGACA